GUGUAAAUGUUAAAGAAGCCCAUUAUUGGGAUUAAAAAAAAGAAAGAAAAGAAGGGGUAAUAAAUCGUGAGAGAAGAAGAAGAGAAUUGGGGAGAUUGAUUUUAGGGUUUGUGGUGUUGGUUUCUGAGAGAUCCAAAGUGGUGUAGCGAUGCACGUGCCGGUGACUGUGACGGAUUACUCAUUAUCUUCAUUCUACAAGGGUGUAUACGCUGUGGUUGAUGAUUCUUCACUGGAUGCAGUAGUCUCGUGGAGCAAAAACAAGAAAAGUUUCAUCAUUUGGGAUCCGAUAGAGUUUCAGAGAAGGGUUCUGCCGACGGGCAGAGAAAGAAGAAUACGAUCCUUAAAUUUCUCGAUGUUUAUGGCCGACCUUAAGUACUAUGGAUUUAUAAGGGUUAAGGGAUCUAAGCAUCGUUAUCACAUUGGACAUCCGAAAUAUUUUGUGAGAUGUAAACCUGAGCUUAUGAAAAAGAUGCAGGAAGAGGCUCAUGAGAAGAGAAUGCACAAAUUUGAACAAGACAGGGCUAUGAGAAAGAAAGCCAAAGCUAGAGCGAUGAAGUUAGCGGAUGCCUUGGGUGAUUUAGGUCUUUGAUUUAAUGUUGGUUCGAUUGCGUUUUGAUGAAUCCUUAUGUCCCUAAGACCAAAUCUCUCUUGUCUGUUUCAAGAAAUGCUUCUCUUGUUUCUUGUAUUGACCAAACACAUGACUCUUGUUUCUCCUGAGCCGGCUGCAACUGUCCUCUUUGAUUGUAGCUAUGUACUUUUGUUUGUUGGCAUCUUUAAUGUUGGUUCGAUUGCGUUUUGAUGAAUCCUUAUAUCCUAAGACCAAUUCACUCUUUUGUCUGUUUCAAGAAUGUUUCUCUUGUUGACCAAACACAUUACCCUGUUUCUCCCGGCUGCAACUGCCCUCUAGUUGUAACAGGUCACAUUGUUACUACAAGUGAUUCCUAUCGUAAACACAUUUAGCACCUAAAGAUAAUUUCUUUGUAUCUCUUGAAUUUACAAAGAGAAGCCAUUGUAUAUACAAUACCAUCCAUAUAUGUGUUUCCUUUUCUUUCUAACAUUCAAUUGAAACAACUCCAGUUAUAUGGUAUGUGAAGAUUGUAUCGUAUGCCGAGUCAUAUUUGCAACUCCAUUGUUCUUGAUUAAUUACCAGACAUGCCGUAGGACGCAAGAUGCAAAACACAGUCUGCAUCAUAUAUAUUGCCUCGUCUACAUCUUGUUUACCAGUUACAUCACCUGUCAAGAUUCCACGAUCACUCCGAUUAAAUCUGACGACUAUUAUACUGUGAUCUAUACUAUACGAUGUGCACUCUCGACUUUUCACCUUUGUAGCACAAAAUUUCUGUACUUUAUCGGGCUUUAUAAUUGAGGAUAUGCCCCUCUAUUCUUAAAAAAUUUACUAUAUCCUUAGCACAACUUCUUUUUUUCUUUUCCAAAGUACUUAAUGAUAAAGGUAGGUUUGAGAAUUUUAUCCAAUAUCCAAAUCCGAACAUAGAGGAAAAACUCAAACUGAAAUUCGCACCGGGUAUUGAGUUACUAGAGAUUGGAUAUUCAAAUAUAUUAAACCUUAUAUUCUUACUUUACUUUUCUCAUUUUAUCCAAAUAUUUAUAUCAAUGUUGCAUGUAUUUCAAAUAAGACAAUAUACAGUUGAAGACAAAAUAAUUUGAUAUUCAUCUAAAAUGUAUAUCAAACUUUUUCUUUCAUGCAUCAAUAAAAAAUAUAUCCAAAUUCUCAAAACAACCACAAAAUUUGUAUCUUUCCAUUUUAAAAGUUUUGUUUCCAAACUUUUUAAUCGGCUAACCUAUUAAAAGUUUAAAAAUUAGUUAAAUUAACUGUAAAUUUUUAGGUAUUGAAAACUUUAGCAAUUACGAAUUUAAUUUUUUUCAAAAUCUAAAUAUCUUAACUCGACCGAAAUAACCAAACACGAACUAAAAGUAUUUGAAUUUGAACGGAUAUAUAAAAAUAUCCGAACAUGUUCUAGUAGGCAUGGCGAAUUUACCCUAAACCGAAGUACUUAUCUAAACCGAACCGAGAAAACAAAAAUCUGAUCCCAACCAUUAUACAAAAAUAUUCUUAUGAGCUUGGCACUUUGGAGUUUGGGUAUAACCUGAAUAACCCAAAAUCUUAACUAGAAUCCAAAAAUAUCUAAAUUAGUUAAAUAUAUUAAUGUUUUUAUAUAUGUUAAGGUGGUUUAGAUAUUUUAUAGUAUUCUAAAUAUUUUUGUAGUUUUUUAUUUGUUAUUUUGAAUACCUUUUAAUUAGUUUAAAUAUUUUAACAAAUUUUUGAUUAGAGUUGUGAAUAAUUUAUAUAUUUUAAGUAUUCUUUUGUCAAUUUUCAGGUUUUAAAAAGAUACUUUUAAAACCCUAAAGGAACCAAACCCAACUUUGUGUUGUACUAGGGGUGUCAGUUCGGCUGGCACGACCAAAUUUUCUAAGCCCAAAAAUAUUUUGUGUCUAGAUUUCAAAGCCUGGUCCAACCCUUAUAGGACUUUUGGAAUUUUCGAAAAAUAAUUUGUCAUUGUCGCUUCCAUCGUUUUAGUACAUGCGAAUUUUCAUAAAAAAAUCAGUUUCAACUUUUUGUUUUUAAAUAUAAAGUGAGUUUAAACUUUUUCCUUUAUCAAAAGUGUUUUACUUUUUUGUAUGUUUUAAAAGCAUAUUAUAAACAAACCAAAUUUAAUAUAAUUAAAUAAUCAAUUAUAAAUUAAACUAAUUAAAUAAAUAAAAAAAAAAUUAUGAUAAAUAAGGUCAAACAUUUCAUAUUUCUUAUUUUGUAAAAAAACAUAUUGUACAUAAAAGAAAAAAGUACAUUUGCAAAAUUUAAAAUGUGACACUUGUAAUGAUCAAAAGGUGCGUUGACAAAUUUCAUAUUUGAUUUAUUAGAUUUCGAUCAAAAAUAUUAAAUAAUAUGUCAAUACUAAUAAUAGUUUUGAUUGCAAGAAUGAUAAUAUUUAAACUAUAAAGUAAAGUUUUGGGUUAUCGGGCCGGUCUUAGCCUAAAUGGACGUAGACCCAAAAUAUCCGAAGCCUAUAUAGACUUAACCCAAAAAAACCCAAUUUUUUGGGUUUAUAAAGCUAAAGCCAAACCUAAAUCCGGUAAUUUUUUAGGGCUGGAUGGACCGUAAUUGACAUGUCUAUUUUGUAUAAAGUUGGUCUCAAAUGCAUUUAAACUUUUCAUCAGUAUAUCUCACAAGUCACAUCUUUGAGGAAUAUUUUGAACUCAAGUUGCCCUCAUUUCACAACGAUGAAUAUUUUGAACUUUUUACCCGUAUUAAGAUUUAAAUACUGUAUAACAAUAGUAGGCAUGGAACUAGGAUGUGUUUUUGACUAAGUAAUUUCUAUAUAGUUAAUAUUUUAUCAUAACAAAAUGACUUUCUUUCUAUACGAGACAAAUAGAUGAUGAAGAAAUUACUUAGUCAAAAACACAUCCUAAUUCCAUGCCUACUAUUGUGCAAUAUAUUUGGACAACAUUUAGUUACGUCUUCCCAUAAGUAAAUCAUCACUUUUUUUGUUCGGAAUAUUAUUGGUUCCUACACAAGAAAUAAAGAAAGCUAACGUUUGGUUCAAGAAGUAUGUCGAAGACACCAGAUAAACAAGAACUGCCACUAGAAACGAGUCCGUACACAAAGUAUGAGGAUAUUGAAGAUUACAAGAAGAACGCUUAUGGAACAUCUGGUCACCAACAGGUUAAGCAUGGCCAAGGUGGUGGCACAACGGACGCACCGACUCUCUCGGGCAGUGCUCCUCCAUCCGCUAUUGAUUCAGCUAACCAACAAGCUAAGAAGUGAAUCACACUCAGUUAUUACAAAACAAAACAAAACAAACAUGUUUCUAUUGCUUCUGUUUUAUUUACUAUCCAAUGGGAUUUUAUUUGAUGCCUUGUGAAAAUUAAAUUGUUCUUUUGUUUCUCUCUCAUAAUCCAUUGUUUUUUGUCUAAGUUUUAAUCCAUUGUUAUGAUAUCUCAUCAAAUAGAUGUCUACAAAAAUUUGGCCAUCCUGAGACAAAUUAAACGCAAAGUAUAAACGUAAGUUUUCCGGAUCUCUUGAUAAAAAUAAUUUGGCAAAUUAUCACUUUCAAAUUUUUUUUGUCACUUUAUCAUUUAAAAGAAAUUGUAUGUGCAACAAAAAAAGUAUUAGUUUGUCAUAAUAUUUUUUAAAGGUUUAUUUAUCCUAAACCCCUUAAAAUGUACACAUUUUGAGUUACUUAUUGCAUAACGUAUCUUCCUAACUUCCUAAGCUUGAUGAAUUUUGGAAAAAAAAUAGAUGUUAUAAGCAACAUUUUUAUUUUUUAAAAAGCAACAUUUUAAUUAAGUUCUUGAAUAUAACAAUCAACAAAUUCCUACGGAUACAUAUCAUUCCCAAAUAGAGUUGAGUUCUAAAGAAAUGACAUAUUAAAAUCUCAAGAAUCAAAUACAUAUAGAACAUUCAACUACAUAUGUCAUCUGACCACUGGCUGUUAGCUUUAGGCAUCAAAAUUUCUACUUAAUCAUUAGCAGUUAAUACUUUUAAUUGCAAUUAAAGUCAGUAAAAUAAUAAUUGCAAAAUUAAUAUGCUCAUUCCAUUAGUGAGAUGUCUAGUUACCAACAACAUUAGCUAACUAAUACUACCAUGUCGUCUCCAUAGUUAGAUAAAUACUAAUUUGGGUUUUUACGGGUUUUGGAUAAGUUCCGUCCUUAACCGGAAACAAAUUUCCCGAUAGCUUUUUUUUUUGAUCAACACGAAACAUUAGUUACAGGCGUUACAGCCAAUGAAUAGCAAGAUCUCGACCGUUGAUUUGCUAUCCAAGUGAUCUAACUGCUGGGACUCGGUGGCGGUACCGUACCACCCGGUCAAAGUAAUGCUUCGUCAACGACACCGUGUCAGUAAGAUACUUCCGGAGUGCAGACGGGGGAUCGAAGAGAUUACCUGAAUAACCGGGGCCAGACAAAGUUUCUUCGUCUCUCUCUGCGAUUUCUCUCUCAAAUAACCAAGUUGUAGGCGAAAAUAAUAGAAAGUUAAAAAAAGUAAUAGUCCAACUACAACUAUUUAUAAGUGAAAUUUUUUAAUACUUAUGUUUUAAUAUUAUACAUUUUUAACAAAAAUGAUGGAAAUAAAAUUCAAAUCUACUAGAUCAUAUCCCUUUCUAUGCAUUCAAGAACAGUGGUACGGCUCUCUUCUUAUUCCUUGUCAAGUUCACUUUGGAAGAUGGAAUUUCACUUUAAUAAGUUCUGGAAUGUCAUGGUACAAGUAAAUAUUGAUCAAAUUUGUCGGUAUGUAUAUUGUUAUGUACAUUUGGUUUUAGUGCACUUCGUUUAUGUGUGUAUGCGCAAUUGUGAUAGUUUAUGAAUUUCUUCAUUACCAACUUCAUGUCCAUAUGCGAAGUAAGUUAUGUUACUUGUGGCAUCUAAAUCUUUCUCUCUCUUGGCAAGUAGGUUUGGAUCACAAAGCUGCCUCCAAAAUCAUGAUGAAUCUGAUUACCAUAAUAUCUUCUGUUUUUGAUGACUCAACGAUUGACAUAAGAGAAAGUUUCAAGCCCCCAAAGGUUAUCUUUCUCCAUGAGGCCAGAGGCCUGAAUCCUAAAUCGACCCAUUUACUCUCUCAAGAUGCCUAUUAGGCUAUUAUGCAGUGCUAAAACAUGAAAUCAUAAAGAAAUCAAACCCGAAUCACAUGGAUACAAUGUAUGAAGAGAAUCGAAGAAGGGAAAGCGAGAGAGAGAAGAUAAGUUUGUUAUGAAUAUGAAAUCUCACAUUAAGCUUACUAUACACAAUGUUUCUAGCUUAUAUACAGAAUGUUGUUAGCUAACUUACACCGUAACUGCACAACUAACUGCUAACCUACACUACUUGCUAACAUACACUAUAUCUGAUACAAUGUGUUUGAUAACUUGGAAGGAAGAUGAAUUAUUCAUAUACUCCUGAAGCCUGAAGCAUGUAUAUGCUAUUUUCUUCGUUUGUUAAUACAACCAUCCUCCAAGUUUGGUCCAUGUCCUCGUUGACUCAAUGAAGACGACAUAGUCAUGGACAAGUUGGCACUUAAAUCGAUAUUCCCCGAUUGAAAUUGUCCGUAUCGAUCAAGAAGUACGUCAGGAGCAAUUGGCCGAGGUGGCGUUACGUUAAUGGGAUAAUGGGAAGUAGUAGUUGAUGGAUAGUGAUGAGUAGAAUUGACGCGAAUGUGCUCGGGGAAGUUAAGCUUGGCCUUGUGACCUCUAAACUCAAAUGCAGCUUUAUCAUAUGCUAAGGCUGCUUCUUCUGCGGUCUCGAACGUGCCAAGCCACACACGAGCUGUCACGGAUCUCGGCCGCCCAUUUCCCCCAUGGUCUUUUCCUCACGCCUCUGUAGUUUCGUUGUCUCGGAUUUUUUUUUUGUCCGAGGACAUGAUGAAAUUUGUAAGUUCACUUUUGUGACAACGGUAACAUAUAUAAAGGUGGUAGCACUACAAGAAAACAAAGAGAUUCUGAUGGCCAAAAUCGUCGGAAGUUCGUCGGAAAAGGCCUAUUCCGACGCAUUUCUGACGAAGGCGUUCGUCGGUAUCAUUUCGUCGGAAAAAAAGAAUUCGUCGGAAUUUCGUCAGAAUUUCCGACGACUUUCUGACGAAUACCGAGAAAUAACAUUCUGACGAACUUCCGACAAUAUUCCGAUGCGGACACACGAGACUAGAGUUCAUCGGAAAAACUAUAUACCGACGGAGACGGAUCCUCCGAAGAUUCCGACGAACUAAGUUCUCGGUAAAUACCGACGGAGUCUGAUUCGUCGGUAAAUACCGACGGAAUAUGACUCGUCGGUAAAUACCGACGGAUUACGAUUCGUCGGUAAAUUCCGACGACUCACCAUUCGUCGGUAUGUUCCGACGAAUCAUAGUCCGUCGGUAUUUACCGACGAGUCAUACUCCGUCGGUAUUUACCGAGAACUUAGUUCGUCGGAAAAUGUCAAUUUUAAUAAUACGAAUUAAUUUUGCAUUUUUAUAUAUAUUUUUUAUAUGAAAAAUUAAUUAAUAAAUAAAUAAAAUCUGAAAUUUAAAACUAA